AAACUGUUUUACAUAACGGCAGGCGUCACUUGAUCUGUCUCAGGCAGAACAGAGGCUUGAUAAAACUGAUCCAGCAUGUCUUUUAGCUCUUGUUCACUGUUUUGUUUACCCUAAUUCACUCUUGAAACUGGGUGAAAGCGAUUUUCAACUUGCACACGGAUAUGACAUUAGCUAUUGAAGACAAUGAGUUUCUGAGCACUUUAUAGUUGGGGUGAUCAGGCCCACAGUCCAAGAGAAAAAGUUUAUGAUGGCCUCAGCAGCGGCACCAUCGUUUCCUUCAACAACAGAGACAACUAAUUACGCCCGGUUAUGCAGACUCCUGGUAGGUGUUGGCUCAGAUGUUCUGAGAGAGACUUUUGACAAGAAGCGUCCACCAGGAGACCUGGGCACGGUCUUGUCAAGUUCUCGAGUCCAUAAAGAGCUACAAAAACUUAAGGAAAAAAACGUGCGGAAGCUAUCCCAAUGGAACAAACUGUAUCCUGUCAAAAAAUCUUCAGUCUCAUCAAACAACUUCGACAUCACUUUUCUAAUGAUCCUGCUGAGGAGCAUUUGUAGUCUUUUUCCUCCACCUACCGGCUGGGAUGCACCUCCUCCUGCGACAGACACAACCCUUGAGGCAGAUAUCGUUCGCAUCAAGUGGUACAGAAACACGAUUUAUGGUCACGCCAGCCAGGCCUCAGUCGAUGACGUAACAUUCAAUCAGUAUUGGCAGGACAUCCAAGGUCCAUUGGUGCGACUGGGAGGAGCAGGUUAGAAAACCUGCUCCUCCGGUUUUCAUGUAGAAAACCGGCUGAAAUGCUGUGGCUCUUUGAUUGCCGUAUUACACAGACUGGAUUAAGACAAAUCUGUGAAGCUCUGAAGUUAGAGCUCAGCACCAUCACUGAUCUUGACCUUAGUGACUGUUCAAUGGCCGUGAAAUGUGUUUCUACGAUCGCAGAAUCGUUGCCAUUGACUAACGUGACCACCCUGUCGCUGAAAAGUAAUCGAAUCACCGAUGCCGGUGUUGCCAGUCUAUGUCAAGCAUUGCAAACAGCGACAUGUAAAGUCACUCAACUGAAUUUGGAUGAUAACGAGAUCACCGAUGCCGGUGUUGUCAGUCUAUGUCAAGCAUUACAGACAGCAACAUGUAAACUCACCGAACUGAAUUUGGAUGAUGAUAAGAUCACUAAUGCUAGUGUAGUCAGUCUAAGUCAAGCAUUGCAGACACCAACAUGCAAAGUCACCGAACUGGAUCUGAGUGGUAAUCGAAUCACCGAUGCUGGUGUUAUGAGUCUAAGUCAAGCAUUGCCGACAGAAACAUGUAAAGUCACCAAACUUCGUCUGAAAAGCAAUAAAAUCACCGACACUGGUGUAGUCAGUCUAUGCCAAGCAUUACAGACAGCAACAUGUCAAGUCACUAAACUUGAUGUGAGUUUGAAUCAGAUCACCGAUGAAGUUGUUGUAAGUCUAUGUCAAACUUUACAGACGGCGCAGUGUCAAGUUACUGAUUUGUUCUUGUUGGGUAAUUCUGAGAUCACCAGUGUUGGUAAGAAGCAUCUCAGAAAACUUUUGAAGCAAAAACCUCGUCUUGACCUUGUAUUUUAAGACUUAAGAGAGAAAUUAUCAGCAUUCUUUCUCUACAUAUCUCCAAAAAUUAUAGAAACAGUGCAAACGAACAUUAAGAACAAAAUACAUAUAUAUACUUUCGAGUGAUUUAAUUAAGCACUAAAAAUAUUUCUCAUCAUUUAAUGUCAGAUACUGUUUUAUUUAAAAUCAUUUUCCAGAGAAGUUCUCGAGAAGAGACUUUGCAUAAACGGAACAGUUUUUAGUAUAUGAUCAUGAUGAACAGGUGGGACAGAGAUGUGUUCUGAAUGAAAAUAUAACAGUGAUUGUUUCAGAGAUUCACAAAUGUGAGUAUUUAUUGGAUUAUAUGGACAAUUACUAGCUUCA